GCGAGCAGAGUGGCCCCCCAACCCGAUUGAGCCCACUCGCAUCCGCCCCGGGACGAGCGCAUGGAUGACGACUUGCCCUCCUCCAGCUUGAGCCAAGUCGCCUUCGCCCGUCGUCCUGCUCGCGUGGUCUGCUGGACUUUGACACUUGGAAGCCGUGUAUCCGCCCCCCGUUCGUCAUCCGUGAGGGGAACGGCCCACACCAGAGUGGAAGCAUCGGAGCCGCUGGAGAGUCGAGCGCCUGCGAGACUGAGACAGAGCUGUCUCUGGCUGGGCCGGGUGGGAUGGCUGCAAAGCAACGGAGCCUGGCACGGCUUGCACGGCUCAGGUUGCCCGUUGAUACGAUCGGUGCUGGCGGUGCUGCUGAUGCUGGCGGUGCUGCGUUUGAUCCAGGUCCCAGCCACAUAACUCUACAUGGCCCGUCCUCGAGUUGUCUGGCCCAUGCGCGCUCCUGCCGUUUCUAUUCUAAUUCAGUGCCGUCCGAUUCAUCCCAUUCCUUGUCCGUCCGCGACCCCCCAGCAACUUUGCAGACCGCAACACUGCUGACCCCCGGCAGCCCUACUAAGCCGUCUCUCAACCCGUUCCAGCCACUGCCUCCUCCUCUGUCUCGAUUGCUGUGGCACAGAGGCAUCCCAAUAUAUAAGUCAUUACCUCGGGGCCGUGGGUCGGACGGAGCGACACAGACCCCUUUCUCUGCGGCACAUCCUCGAGCUCAGCCCAGCUGCCUCAGCCGCGGCGGACACCCCAACGCCGUCAGACAUUUGGGCCUCCCCACCCAUCCGCCAGUCGAGGACUUGGCAGCUCUCCCGCCCUGAGCAUCGCGUCCGAGCUCGUCUUCAGCUCCACGCCGCCCUGCAGGGCCCGCCUGCAAGUUGGAGGACGGUACCGUACCACGGUAAAGGUAUGCUCACUCAC